CUUAAUUUAAAGUGCGAGAUGAGGAACAAUAUCAACAUGCCUCCAGAGAGAACGGAGCGUGAAAAUUCCAUCGGUGUUGAUUCGGUUUGUUCGGAUUCCUUUUCAGUUUGUAAAAUCGCCUCGAACGGUUCGGAAAUAGUGCGCGCGAAGAGAACGGACGGCCAACUCCCCGGAAAGAAAGAAAAUUAGAGGAAGGCGGCGGUUUCCCCCCUCCCCCCCAAAAAAAAAAAAAAAAAAGAAACCGAGUGUAGUGUAGUAGUGUAUAAUAGUCCUCAGUUUAGUUCGCCCUGUUUUCAAUCCAAAAAUCUGCACAUUCAAAAAACCCAAUUCAACGAAUUUCCUACAUUUUCCUGUUGGUUUUCCCCGAAAAUCGGAACUAUGUUUAUGGGCAGAGCGCAACGAGGCCGCAGGAUGAGAGAAUAGCGCCAUGUUGUCCAAUCCAGCCCCAACAUAGUGAGUAGUCCAAUUGCAAGGAUGUGUUGGGUUUGUCCCUAACAUCUGGUCAAACAUUUUCAAGUGGGAGUCCGCGGACUUGAGACCUGAUCUGGGGAUCCAGAGGGUGCCGAAAAGUGGAUCGGAGGAAGUAACUGGACAGCAGAGUGUGGUGCCUUGGAGGAGGCACUGAGAACUGCAAAAGUCGUGGGCAAGGACAACGAAAAGCAUUCAGGUUGGCCAGUAGAAAAUCAAACCAAAGAAAUCCCAAGAACUAUAAGAACAAAAACAAACAAAAACAAACAAUAUUAUACACUUAAUCCACACAAAAAAAAAACCAACAAAAAAAGGAAAAACAAGAGAAGAAACACCUACAAAAUAUAAAAUAAUUAAGUUGAAGCAGCACAUACAGUAAAAAAUACAAAACAAAAAUAAACCCACUCAGAAUUUUCCACAAUUCCAAAAAGUAGCAGCUUAAAAUGGCUUUAAAUGCCAUUUAAAAUAGUCUUAAAGAAUACACAAUUAUAUGUUAACACAAACAAAAUCAAAAAGAAGGAAAUUAUUUAUCUAUCAAUACUAUCUAUCGACACUCAAUUCAAAUAUACAAAACAUCAAUUUAUAUAUUGAAAUUCGUUGGCAAGCUAGCAAAUUUAAUUCUUAAUGAUUUACUCUUGACUGCUUUUUUAAAACAAUGACUUAAAUACCCAAAAAAAAUGCAACACUAUGCGCAUGCAGCCAUGAAUCUGAUAAAUAUGGACUCGGAAAAUCGGGUGGUGCUCAAUGUGGGUGGCAUUCGGCACGAAACCUACAAGGCCACACUGAAAAAAAUUCCGGCAACGCGAUUAUCGCGACUGACCGAAGCGCUGGCCAAUUAUGAUCCGAUAUUGAAUGAGUACUUCUUUGAUCGGCAUCCGGGCGUCUUCGCACAAGUGCUCAACUAUUACAGAACCGGUAAACUGCAUUAUCCCACAGAUGUUUGUGGACCGCUGUUCGAAGAGGAAUUGGAGUUCUGGGGUCUAGACUCGAACCAAGUGGAGCCCUGCUGUUGGAUGACCUAUACACAGCAUCGCGACACACAGGAAACCCUUGCCGUGCUGGAUCGUCUCGAUCUGGAUACGGAAAAACCGUCCGAAGAGGAAUUGGCACGCAAAUUUGGCUUCGAGGAGGACUACUACAAAGGCACCAUAUCCUGGUGGCAGGAGAUGAAGCCGCGCAUUUGGUCCUUGUUCGACGAGCCCUACAGUUCCAAUGCCGCCAAGACCAUUGGCGUGGUUUCGGUGUUCUUCAUCUGCAUUUCGAUCCUCUCGUUUUGCCUGAAGACCCAUCCCGAUAUGCGAGUGCCCUAUGUCCGGAAUAUUACAGUGAAAACUGCGAAUGGAAGUAACGACUGGUUUUUGGACAAACCCCAGACCAAUGCGCACAUAGCCUUCUUCUAUAUCGAAUGUGUAUGCAAUGCGUGGUUUACCUUUGAAAUAUUGGUGCGCUUUAUCUCAUCGCCGAACAAGUGUGAAUUCAUCAAGUCAUCUGUUAACAUCAUAGAUUACAUAGCGACGCUUAGUUUUUAUAUCGAUCUAGUGCUUCAGCGAUUCGCGUCGCAUUUGGAGAACGCCGACAUCCUCGAGUUCUUCUCGAUCAUCAGGAUAAUGCGACUGUUCAAGCUGACGCGCCAUUCGUCUGGUCUGAAGAUCCUGAUCCAGACGUUUAGGGCCUCGGCCAAGGAGCUGACCCUGCUGGUGUUCUUCCUCGUCCUGGGCAUCGUGAUCUUCGCCAGCCUCGUCUACUACGCGGAACGGAUCCAGCCGAACCCGCACAACGACUUCAACAGUAUACCAUUGGGCCUGUGGUGGGCCCUGGUCACCAUGACCACGGUGGGCUACGGCGACAUGGCCCCCAAAACCUACAUCGGCAUGUUCGUGGGCGCCCUGUGCGCCCUCGCCGGCGUACUAACCAUCGCACUGCCAGUGCCCGUCAUCGUCAGCAACUUCGCCAUGUACUACUCGCACACGCAGGCCAGGGCCAAACUGCCAAAGAAGCGGAGACGAGUGCUUCCCGUCGAGCAGCCGCGUCAGCCACGACUGCCAGGUGCCCCUGGUGGUGUGAGUGGCUGUGGCACCCCGGGCUCGGGUCCCCAUUCCGGUCCCAUGGGAUCCGGCGGAACUGGACCACGUCGCAUGAACAAUAAGACCAAGGACCUGGUCAGCCCCAAGUCAGGUCCGCUGGGCGCUAGUAUUGUGGCCAUGAGCCCGAGGACAAUGCUGGAUUUGAAUCCUGCCCUGGCGAUGGGCAAACCCUCGUUCCAGCCCCGCAUACCAACGCCCCUGGCAGCCACGCCCCCACCGCCUCCCAGUUCUGGUGGGUUGGUAGCUACUACAAAUGGUGCUGGUGCACCACCACCAGCCACAUCAGCACCACCGGCCAAUGUGGUGGUGCCCAGCAUUGCCGUCUCAACCACAGCGAGUGUGGGCAAGGAUUCGGGCAUCUCCACCACCACAACCACAAACGCCGCACAGGAAACCAGCAAGAAAGCCUUUCUCUAAAACUAAAUUAUGGGAAGGCAGCCAAGAGACUCAAGCCACCUGAUAUCUACAACCAGAAAACAUCCAAAAACCGAGAUGACCUUAAGUGUAUUGACAUUAUCCACUUUUGUCAGGUGAUAAUGACCUAAAAAGUGUUAAAAUAACCUGAAAUUGGCUAUAAUUGAAAACAUUUUUAUUCAUACACGACGAUUUAUGGCUAAUUUCAUAAACUAUUAUAGAACAUAUACUUCGGUAUCUUUAAAGAAUGUAUUAACAGUUUUCAUUAUCCUCGAAAAACGAAAACAAUAUCAAAGGUAUUUUAAAUCUCAUUUUGCAUUACGAUAUAUUAAAACAAAAGUUGUCCUAUACCUAAAUGGUAUAUUUUUGAAUAUUUUACUAUUACUAUUUUGAGUACUGUAGUACUACACAACUAUUAUUUUGAUCGCAGCUGUAUGUCUUAGCGUCUUCUUAAUUUAUAUUUUCGAAAAUGUAGUCCAGUCUGAUACUUUCUAGGUCAUUAUUCCUAAAAUGUGGUUUUGAUACUUCUUAGGUCACUUUGAUUUUUUUUCUGAGUGUACACACAUGUUUCCCAUAUCCCCCACCCCCCCAAUAAGCAAUAUCUCUUCGAAUAUCAUAGCCUUCGCAUACGUAUUCGCUAAGGACGAGGAAGAAGUGUUUCAGAUUUGGCAAUGGAAUAACUUAUCAUUGAUCAUACAUAGAUCGUCCUUGUUUCGAUCAUAUCACUAACUGUUUUACAAAACCUAAAUACUCAAAAUAACAAAAUGAAUAUCAUAUAUUCACAAAUAUCAAAAUUUCAAUUGUGAUGCUAUUUAUUGUUAGAAUUAUUAUUUGAUUGUCAGAGGAUUAAGAUUUAAUAAUUAACUAAAAAGCUGACUUGUAUUAUAAAAUUAGUUUAUUAUUUUUAAACACUUAAAGAUAUACAUUGAUGUCAAAUCAGAGAUGAGAAGAAAAAGAUCCAGCAAUAAACCAUUCUGAAAAAUACAUAAGUUCAGAAACUAAAGCUAUAUUAUUUAUAUGUUAUAUUUAUUACCUUACUUUUUACUUAUAUUAUAACAACGAUCCAUCCAUCUCGGAUCGAUUGAAAUAAAUAGACUCGCUACUUUUGUUCACCAUAUCACGACAUACCUAUCAAUAUCGAACCUAAACAUAACCUUAGCUAUAUAUAGAUAAUCCAAUUGCUUGACGACAACAUUUUACCAUCGAGAGCUAACCAAGACAGAGAAAAGCAACGUUUUUAACCAUACCACGUGUUUUUACCGAAUGCAAGCUUAGUAACGAUCCAUUUUUUACAUAAGCCAUAGAUAUUGAAAAUCGACGAGGAGUGUAUAUAAAACCUAGAUGUUUUUUUAACUCGGUUUGCCAGUUCCUUAUGCGUUGUGUAAAAAGACUCGUCUGCCCCAAUUCUCGUGGGGCAGUUCGGUUUGAAAGCUUUAAUUCGAUAUAUUUGUAAACAAAAUUAAAGAGGAGGAGACUCCAACUCAAACUCGAUUAGAGAAGCUUAACUAAACAGGAACCAAAAAUAAAGUACAUACUAUAUGCUGUUUAAAAUUCAUUCAAACCAGGCGCACGUGUUGACUCUAACUUUUUCCCAAACUAAAAAUACGAAAGGUGCUGAUUUUUGCCCAACGAAAGAAGCAAAAGUUUUCCGGGUGAAACUUGAAGCCCAAGAAAAACAAACGAAAUUUUCCAACUGUUGGCACAUUUCGCUCAUCACUCACUUACAUGCUGGGAUUACUCGGUAAGCUGGAAAAGAAUUUAUGCCAACCUGAAAAGUUGCCCCACAUAUCAACAGAACGAGUAACUUUAACCAAAAUUUCAAUUUCUACCAGUUAAUAUGCAAAUUACUUCUAUACCCUCCCACGCGUAAAUUCAAAACAAACAAAGAAUCCAGAAGCGGCAGGGAAUUCCUUACAGUUCCGUUCAGUUAACUUGAAUUUGUUGAAAAAGUUUACAAAUUGCUGAGGGGUUACCCCAAAAAACAAACCAAAAAAAACAAAACUCACUGGUGUUCGCGUGGUUCAAAAAACAAAC